AUGGCCGGUACGGGCGCCACACGCCUGGCGCACGCCGCGCACGCCGCGCACGCCCCCAGCCACCGCAUCGACGACAUCCUGCGGAAGGACCAGGAGCACCUGCAGCUGCCGCACAGCCUCAGCAAGCCACAGCCGCAGCUGCCGCCGCUGCCGGCCGCGCCGCACCCCAUGCACCCCCAGCCGCACCCGCUGCACCCGCACCUCCUGUCGCCGGCCUCGCGCGCCUUCCUGCCGCCGCUGUUCCAGCGGUCCGUGCUGCUGCAGCCCUCGUACCAGCACAUCCUGCACCUGCCCUGGGCGCAAACUGAGCUCGUUGCCGGCUACCCCGGCUCGCUGGACGCGGGCAAGGUGGCGGGCCGGCGGCGCAAGGCGCGCACCGUGUUCUCGGACCAGCAGCUGCACGGCCUGGAGAAGCGCUUCGGCAAGCAGAGGUACCUGUCCACGCCGGAGCGGGUGGAGCUCGCCACCGCCCUCAACCUGUCCGAGACGCAGGUGAAGACCUGGUUCCAGAACAGGCGGAUGAAGCACAAGAAGCAGCAGAGGAAGCUGGCGGACGACAAGCAGCCGAACGGUGGCAAGCGGUCCAGCGCAGACGGCUCGGAGGCGGGCGACCUGCCCGUCGACUUCUCGCUGGCCGCGUCCGGCGGCACCAGCUCCGUGGACCUCAACAGCGUCCCGGAUGACGCCGAGGCCUCGGACUGCGAGAUCGACGUCGGCGGCCCCACGCCGGGGGAGGCGCGGCGCUGCGGCGCGGCGACGGCCCCCGUCCCCGGCGUUGUGGCCUCGGUCGUGGCCCCGGGCCGGCAGAGUCCCGACAAGACGGACUCGCUGUUCGUGCUCAACCAGUACCUGCAGCACCAGCACCACUACGGGUCGCGCGUCAUCCGAUAG